ACAGGUGAACAAGGUGAUGUCCAUCUUGUUUUAUGUGAUAUUUCUUGCAUAUCUUCGUGGCAUUCAGUCAAACAAUAUGGAUCAAAGGAGUUUGCCAGAAGAUUCAAUGAAUUCUCUCAUUAUGAAACUCAUUCGGGCAGACAUUUUGAAAAACAAGCUUUCUAAGCAGACAAUAGAUGUCAUGCAAAACUAUCAAAACAUAGUGCAGAAAGUAGAGGAUCACCAGGAGAUGGAUGGAGAUGAAAAUAUGAAAUCAGACUUCCAGCCAAUUAUUUCAAUGGAUACAGACCUCUUAAGGCAGCAGAGACGCUACAACUCUCCUCGAGUUCUCCUGAGUGACAACACACCACUGCAACCACCACCACUGUACUUCACAGAGGAUUAUGUUGGAAAUUCAGUGGUAUUAAACAGAACAUCUCGGAGGAAAAGGUACGCAGAGCACAAGAGCCACCGAGGGGAAUAUUCUGUUUGUGACAGUGAAAGCUUAUGGGUCACGGACAAAUCAUCUGCUAUUGACAUUAGAGGACACCAGGUAACUGUGCUGGGAGAAAUUAAAACAGGCAACUCUCCAGUUAAGCAAUAUUUUUAUGAAACAAGAUGUAAAGAAGCCAAACCUGUUAAAAAUGGCUGCCGAGGCAUUGACGACAAGCACUGGAACUCCCAAUGCAAGACAUCCCAAACUUAUGUUAGAGCACUGACUUCAGAAAACAAUAAACUUGUAGGCUGGAGAUGGAUAAGAAUAGACACCUCCUGCGUGUGUGCAUUGUCAAGAAAAAUAGGAAGAACAUAAAUCUGCAUCUCUUUGCUAUAUAAGUUAUUACUUUAAAUUAUAUGAUAUGCAUGUAGCAUAUAAAUGUUAAUAUUGUUUUAUAUAUUAUAAGUUGACCUUAUUUAUUAAACUUCAGCAAAUCCACAGUAUAUAAGCUUUCUCUCUCAAUAAACAAGACUAAAGGCUGUGCGUCUCUGCUAUGGGCAACUGCAGAUUUCUUUAGGCUAUGUUUGUGACACUGUUUGUUGGCAGAACACCAUAACCUGACUGUAAAAUCUCUGUAAAAUCAGUAUUCUUAAUUCAGUAUAGUCAAACCAGUGACAGUUAUUUUGUAAACUUGUUAAAAAUCAGAUUAAUGUCAAGAGUUGUGUAUAUAUUUGUAUUUCUCACUAUACACUCACAUUUAAUUGGAUUCAGUAUCAACACUAAAACAGAAAAGAACUAAAAUCUGAGUCGUAGCCUGCAGCUGAUGUUGUUGUCAGAGUUAUCUAGUAACUGUAAAAUACAAUUUAUCUUUAUUGUGUCAGUUUUGUCAGUGAAAUGACCGUUUUCCCUGUUAGCAUUUCAGGAUGAUUGUUUAUAAUCCAGCAACCACUGUUGUUUUUAAAGUACAUUAGUUUUGCAACUAUUUCUAAUGCUGACAAGUAAUCUUAGAAACAAUAUUUAAAAAAUCUAAAAUGUUUGUAACUAAACUAAUGAGACCAAGAGCGGAUCUGAAUGGAUCAUUAAUACAUAAAUGAUUAUUUCUUCUGGAUAUAG